AAUAACCCUCAAUUCUAGACGUCUGAAUAGCUAAUUGUUGGCUUCAUACCCCACUCAAGUGUCCCGUUCGUGUGGGGAAUAAUUGUCACCUGCACCCCGGCUUGGACGCACUGGGAAGACGCCGAAGCUCAAGCAAACAUCAUGGCAACUGGACAAGAGAAUUUCCCCUCGACGGAGGAGACGGUCAACCACCUGGCGUAUCCGGGGACGGUCUGGGGCCUUGAGCCUCACCAGCAGGGCAAAGUUGCGGCGGCCAAGGACCGCGGUGGGCCUGUAAACAUCGCGUGGGAGAUGCAUGGCUCCGGGCCGAUCAAGCUCGUGCUCGUCAUGGGCCUCGCCGGCGUGAAGGCGUCCUGGCAGCGGCAGACAAAGUACUUUGGCCACGACCGCGGCGACCAGUACUCGGUGUUGAUCCUCGAUAACCGGGGCAUGGGCGGGAGCGACAAGCCGCUGGGGCGCUACUCGACGAGCGAGAUGGCCAAGGACGUUAUCGAGGUGGUGGACCACGUCGGCUGGACCGCCGAUCGCGAGAUCAACGUCGUGGGCAUCUCCAUGGGAGGCAUGAUUGCCCAGGAAAUCGCCCAUGCCAUCCCGCACCGCCUGAAGUCGCUGUCGCUGCUCUGCUCGUCGGGCUCCAUCAUGAGCUCCAAGUCCUUCACCGAGACCAUGUUCGAGGGCAUGGGUUUCCUGGUCCCCAAGUCGAUGGAGCGCACCAUUGCCGACACGGCGCAGCAGCUCUUCACGCCGGAGUGGCUCGCGGCGCCGGACGCCGAGGAGCUCCCCGUCCCGGGCGAGACGCCCCGGUGCAUCCCGCCGCCGCCGGGGCCGGGGGCCGGCGCGCAGUACCGCACGUUCGACUCCAACUUCCAGCGCUUCCAGGCGCAGGAGCUCGUCAAGCGGCGCAACGCGGACGAGUUCUCGGUCAAGGGCCUGCUGUGCCAACUGGUGGCCGCCGGCUGGCACAACAAGACGGACGAGCAGCUGGCCGCCAUCGCCGAGGCCGUCGGCCGCGACCGCCUUCUCAUUAUGCAUGGCACUCGAGAUAAUAUGAUCGCCCUGCCUAACGGCGAGCGCCUGAUCCGAGUGAUGCAGCCCGGCGUGGGCCUCAUCGUCGAGGGCAUGGGCCAUGCGCCUCCCAUGGAGCGGGCUCAGUGGCUCAACGGUUUGCUGGAGGAGAGGCUAGGAGUUUGGGAUAAGCUAUAGUCGAGGAUGCAGGAUGAGAAACCAGGCUGUGAAGAGGAACUGGGGUUUCACGAGGCUUAUGGGAUGUCUUAAAGAUCUGGGCCGCGGCCGAGCGUAUAUAAUUGGUCAUCAUCGUCGACUGUUGGAUAU